AUGAGCACCAGUAGUCUGAUUUCACUUAAUCCAGAAAUCCUGGGAACACUGAAAACACUUAGCCUUAAAUUCGGAAAUGCUUUUAAGCAAGCAAUAGCGGAAGAAUUAGAAAAGGGCGAACUUGACCGUGAAAGAGCAGAAAGAAUUUGCCCCCGCUAUUCAGCGGGCGACCCCGCUAAUGGUCUAGACGCAAUUCUGAGAAAGGAUUAUAUUUAUGCUGGUGGCACAGGAGAAAUUAAUGACCUUGGUAAUUUACUUCCCAACGACGGUAAUCCUCUUGGUGUCGCUUUGAAGAAUGCGGGAGGUGCCGGAAAUGUCCAACUUCCCAAUGAUAUUGAUGUUACAAUAAACCACGGCGGCACUAGUGAAAGAAUUAAUCUAACUGGAGGCUUGGUUGAGGACUGA